ACUCCACGCUCCGUACAGCUCAUUCCAGCUCCCAAGUUUUUCCAAGGAGUUAGCAGAGGUGAAGAAGGGAGAAGAGAGCUUUUUUUUUUUUUUUGCUAUAGAAACUCUGCGGCGGCCGAGCCACAAAGGCAGUUUGAUUCCUAUCGCCGCCGCACACGAGGGGCUGUCUGAUUAUUAUUAUUUUAUUUUUUUUGACAGUAGAAGCGAUUCAGAUCUGUCGGAGCCUCCCGGCAUGGAUCGUGCCUGCCAGAGGAUUUACAUACGGCUCUGAUCUGAAUGACUCCCCCCCCCCCUCCCCUGAAAAAAAAAAAGGAUUGUUGGCUGAUUGGCGCGGAGGAUCGAUAGCUUCCCCGGGAUCAAUGAGGUCUGGGGAAGGAAGGCGAUCUCUUCGGAUGAAUACAAUUUGCCAAGAGAAGAAUCUCAGCUUCCUAUAGUAUUAAAUCCAUCCCCAUCGCUAUCGGAGGCGGUGCGACCGGCGAGAGAAAAAGUCGUCUUAGCGAAAAUUGCAAUUACUUUAGAGACUUGGAGGAGAUGGAAAAUGAAGCCCCCAAAACGGCGGACAACCAGAUGGAAAAAUAUAUAGUGACCAUAAUGGGGAAAUCGGAAAGUCAGAUGGACAUUGUGGAAAAAUCCAACAAGACGGUGAAAAAGUCUUGGAGCAUCGUGGAGAUCGGACUUUCCGUGCUGCUAGUUCUGAUGACCUGCGCCAUGGUGGCGUUGCUGGUCCUGUACACCACCAACAAAGAGACUAUAUGCACGACCACUGGAUGUGUAACCGCAGCUGCAAGAAUUAUCCAGAACAUGGACCCCUCUAUAGAACCUUGCACUGAUUUCUACCAGUAUGCCUGCGGCGGCUGGCUGAACAAGCAUGUUAUCCCAGAAACCAGCUCUCGAUAUAGCAUAUUCGAUAUUCUCCGGGAUGAAAUGGAGAUUAUUUUAAAAGGUUUAUUGGAGAUGCCAGACCAGGACGACCGCGAUGCCUUUAAAAAAGCCAAAACCUUGUACAAAUCCUGUAUGAAUGAAAGUCUGAUAGAGCAGCGGGACGCCUUGCCUCUUCUAGAGCUCCUUACUCUGGUUGGAGAAUGGCCAGUGGCUUACACAGAUUGGAACCUCACCAAAGAGUCCCAGUGGAGUCUCGAAGAAAAAAUGUCCCUCUUGAACUAUAGAUUCAACAAGAGAGUGCUGAUUGACAUGUUUGUGUGGAACGAUGAUCGGGAGUCCAGCAAGCACAUCAUCUAUAUCGACCAGCCGAGCCUGGGGAUGCCAUCCCGAGAUUAUUAUUUCAACAGCGGAAAUUAUCAGCGGAUAAGAGAAGCCUACCUCCAGUUCAUGAUCACUAUUGCCCGGAUGGUGAGGGAUGACAAGAAUAUGACAAGAGACGAUGCCUACGUCCAGGAGGAAAUGAGCCGUGUCAUGGAUUUAGAAUCUGAUGUUGCAAAGGCCACGGCUCCAUCCGAGGAGCGGAAUGACGUCACCUUGCUGUACAAUAAAAUGACAGUGACGGAGUUCCAGCAGAGGUUUGCAAUAGAGGACUUUAACUGGACCAGCUUCCUUCAGGGCGUCAUGUCUUCUGUGAACAUUCAGCUCCAGCCAGACGAGGAGGUGGUGGUCUAUGGGGUUCCAUACCUCAAUCAGCUUAAAACAAUCAUCUCCAACUACUCGUCAAGCACUUUACAGAACUACCUGGUCUGGCGUUUGGUGGUAGACCGAGUGAGCAGCCUGAGCAGACGCUACAAGGAUGCACGGGCCAAUUACAGAAAGGCUCUCUACGGAACCACAUUAGAGGAAGCUCGCUGGAGGGAGUGCGUCAGCUACGUCAACAGCAACAUGGAGAAUGCGGUCGGCGCCAUGUACGUCAAGGAAACAUUUGCUGGUGAGAGCAAGAGGAUGAUUAGUGACCUUAUUAAUAAAGUCCGGGAAGCCUUUAUUGAGACCCUGGAUGAAUUGCAGUGGAUGGACGACACAUCAAAAGAAAAAGCCAGAGAAAAGGCUUUAUCGAUUAAAGAGCAAAUCGGAUAUCCAGACUAUAUUUUGGAAGACCAGAAUGACAAACUGGACCAGGAGACAGCAACAUUAAACUUUAGCGAGCAAAAAUAUUUUGAGAAUAUACUGGAGAUUUUAAAAGCAGGAGCGCAGAAAAGCCUCAAGAAGCUCCGAGAACCCGUUGAUCCGGAUGCUUGGAUCAUUGGAGCAGCGGUGGCUGACGCUUUCUAUUCACCAAAUCGAAAUCAGAUCGUAUUUCCUGCUGGCAUCCUUCAACCCCCAUUCUUCAGCAAGCAUCAACCUCAAACAUUGAAUUUCGGUGGAAUAGGCAUGGUCAUCGGCCACGAAAUCACUCACGGAUUUGAUGAUAACGGCAGGAAUUUUGACAAGGAUGGAAACAUGUUUGACUGGUGGAGUAACUAUUCGGCGAUGCACUUUAAGGAGCAGUCCCGUUGUAUGGUCUACCAAUACGGCAACUAUACGUGGGACUUGGCCGGUGGACAAAAUGUUAGCGGUAUCAUCACGCUGGGAGAAAAUAUUGCAGACAACGGAGGAGUUCGACAAGCCUACAAGGCAUAUCUGAAAUGGGUGGAGAGACACGGUAAAGAGCCGAAGUUACCAGGACUGGAUUUGACACACAAGCAACUUUUCUUUUUGAAUUUUGCACAGGUUUGGUGUGGAUCUUAUCGCCCAGAGUACGCCCGACACUCCAUAAAGACAGAUGUGCACAGUCCAUUUAAAUACAGAGUCAUGGGAUCCUUACAAAACUUUGAAGCCUUCUCCGAAGAGUUCAACUGUAAAAAAGGCACAAAAAUGCAUCCAGUGGAGAGAUGUCGGGUUUGGUAGACGAAGUCUAUCCUGUGAUCCUCGAGAUAAAAACCAGUCUGAGAAUGUCUGGCGUACAAAUAUUGAACAGUUAUAGCCAAUAAGGUGCCUGGCUUUUCCCAGUGUUCAGGUCAGGGCCAUGGUGUUGGGGGUAGCAAAAAAUGACAAGGGAGAGUGACUACUGUAUUGUUUGAGGGUUUCCGCUGACCAAAAUGUUACUAUUGCUAACAGCUCAGUAUGCCCUAGGGAGUAAAGAUGUGAUGGAAAAAGACUGUUUUAAUGGCAUGACUGUUAUCAUUAAAAAAAAAA